AUGACAACACCCAGGAAUUCCAUGAGCGUGGCUUUCCCGGCAGAGCCUGCCAGAGGCCCUAUUUCUGUGCAUCCCUCCCAAAAGCUAGUUCCCAGGAAGAUGUCUCCCAUCGUGGGCCCCACACAGAGCUUCUUCUUGAGGGAAGCUAAGGCUUUGGGGGCCGUGCAGAUCAUGAAUGGACUUUUCCAUCUGGCCCUGGGCAGCCUGCUGCUGGUGCACAUGGAGGUGUACACCCCCAUCUGCAUGGCCCUCUGGUACCCGAUCUGGGGAGGCAUUAUGUAUAUCAUUUCUGGAUCGCUCCUGGUAGCUGCAGAGAAAAGUUCCAAAAUGAGUCUGAUCAAAGGAAAAAUGAUGAUGAACUCCCUCAGCCUCUUUGCUGCCAUUUCUGGAAUAAUUCUUUUGAUCAUGGAUAUAUUUAAUAUUACCAUUUCCCAUUUUUUUAAAAUGGAGAGUCUGCAUCUUAUUAAAGUUUCCACUCCAUAUCUUAACAUCUACAACUGUCAACAAGCUGACCCUGCCGAGGAAAACUCCCUGUCCACACAACACUGUUAUAGCAUGAGAUCUGUGUUCUUGAGCAUCUUCGCCGUCAUGCUGGUCUUCGUCUUCCUCCAGAAGCUCGUGACCGCCGGCACCGUUGAGACCGAGUGGAAGAAAAUGUGCUCCAGACCCAAAGCUAAUGUGAUUCUCCUGUCAGCUGAAGACAAAAAAGAACAGGUAGUUGAAAUGAAAGAAGAAAUGGUUGAGCUGACUGAAGUAUCUUCCCAGCCUCCGAAUGAAGAAGAGAUUGAGAUUAUGCCAAUCCAAGAAGAAGAAGAAGAAGAAACAGAAAUAAACUUCCCAGAACCUCCCCAAGAUGAGGCGCCCUUGCCAAUAGAAACUGAAAGUACCCCUUGA